AUGAGUGUUAGGGAAGCCUCGUUCAUAGGAAUUGCGAAGCAUGCUUUCCUUCGUAUCAACACCAGCCUGUGUCGCCCGCUGCGUAGCAUGUCCCCAUGUGAGGCCAGGUCGAUGCUGCGGCAGCAUGGUUUCUGGUUCAACUCGCAGAUUUUCCGAGGACGCCUCGGCCCGUUGCUCGCUCUGGCAAAGCGUAAAGAAGCUCUCCUCGAGAGAGAGAACGUGAACAUGUACCAUUACGAUUACUAUGCUGAUGGUCUCACUCGGCCGUCUGAUGUGAUCGAUGCCGAUGGUGUUGACUAUCGCGAGUAUUUCGACACCCUUAGAGCUCACGUUACGUUCCUGGUAAAGGAAAUGUUCCCAGAAUAUUCUGUUACCUACCAAGAAAGCCACGAUAAGGUGCGUUUCUUCAACGGGAGCUACCACACGCCUCUCCAUGCGGAUCAUACUCUCCAGCAUAGACUGGUUGGCUAUGAUACAGCAGACUGCACCUUGUUAACGGUCUGGGUGGCUUUAUCGAAGAUCAGGAAUGGUCAGUCUGUGCCCAAAUUGUGA